GAAAACAUACAAACUAGCUAAAAACUAGCUUUGCUUCGUUCAUAUACUUAGGUGUGUCUACCAUUAUUGUUCUUGAAUCCAGUAGCCUGUCUAUUACACCAUAGACACUUAUCCACUCAGCUACUCAUUUCAUUCUAGUCAACAGAAACAACUUCUAUUCCACGAUGCUACCUAUUCGUCAGGCCACGCUGGUUGGCCUGGGCCUAUCCGCCUCGGUGCUAGGUGCUAUUCUACCCACCGUCCAAAACGAUCCCAACUACUGUAUUGUUGGACAUACAACUUGCAAUGAAGACUACGUCUACCACUGCGAUUCUAACAACAAAUGGAUGGCCAAGGAAAAGUGUGUGUAUCCGUCUUGGUGCAAUGCCGAGGCUGAUGGUACCGUUGGAUGUGUAUCGGACACCGGAUUGAAGCGCAACACCCCGGUGGACUCAUCUGUUCACACUUUGACUCCGACUCCUACCAGUGGAUACUCUCCCUCUCAUAUCAACUGUAGGGAGGCUCAAUUGCGCUGUAACGGGCGCUGGGAGGAGAUUUGCAACGGGUUUGGCGUGUGGGAGAAGUGGCGGCAAUGCGCUGAGUGCUUUAGCCAAGUUGACGGCAAAGUCGACUGCAUCCCUGACACUUCCCUUCCGUCGCCUGAGCCCACGCCAACCUUUUGCAAGAAGGACCAGCUCCGAUGUAAUGGAAAUUGGGAGGAGAUAUGCGACAAUGACGCCGAGUGGCACCGCUUGAUGAAGUGUGAAAACUGCAGUGAAGACGAAGCCGGCGCCAUAAUUUGUGUGCCUUAUGUGGAUCUGCCACCCGAGCCGACUCAUCCACCUCAAUGCCUAGAAGGUACUCUACGCUGUGAUGGUAAUUGGCUUGCUCUCUGCAAUGCGGACCUCUCGUGGCAGCGCAUACAGAAGUGCCGCGAAUGCGUUAGUGACACUGACGGUCGGCCCUUCUGCGACAACAUACAGUUACCUACCAGUAGCAGCAGCUCAUAUAAGGUCAUGCCGACAACUUCGUCAACUCCGGCUAAAUCGGAUCCAACUACUACAUCGAUUCCGGCUACGUCAGCUCCAACUACUACACCAGCUCCAACUACUACAUCGGCUCCAAUAACAUCGGCUCCAACAACAGCAACCCCGGGAAUUGUGCUAGGCAUACCCGUCAUGUCAACUCCGGCUCCACGUUCACCUGAGGCCCGUAUGGCUCAGGAUAACCCGUGCUUCGGCGGUGAAGUGCGCUGCAGCGGAGACCGUGUCGAGGCAUGUGACGCGGAGCACGUGUGGCAGGACUUUGGACCCUGCCCUAGCUGCAAGCAGCUUUACAACACCCGCGUAAAGUGCGAUUAUGACGAGUUUGUGAUGGGUGAUGACCCCAUUUACCGAACUGUCUUAACUUAGGACUGCGAGCCAGGUUGGCAGCAGUGUGCCCAUGGCAACACAACCGUCGAGGCCUGCACCCAUGACGGCAGAUGGGCUACUGUUGAAGCAUGCUCGGCUGAGGAGAUGUGCCUAGGGAUGUUUGAGGGGAUGGCAUUCUGUCUUGCGAAGGAUAUUGCUGAAUCCGAGAUGGCCAAGUAUAACUAGGUCUACUCGAUAUUGGUUCGAAUCAUGAAUUCGGACUGUGGAUUGAGGCGUGACGAGGUUGGUGAAUAGUGAUUAUCAUUCAUUUAAUAGUUAGUAGUAAUAGUUAGUAGUAAUAGUCGAAGUAGUAGUAUCGUAUUGUUAAUGCAUAUCCUUACCCCUCACCUCCUCAUCUCCUUACGUACUAAAAUAAUCGCCGUGGUGAAAGCUUCGCGUUAUCUUGGUGAGCUCCUG